AUGAUUAAAGAUCUCUUGUGGAGCGAUCCAAUGAAUGGAAUUUCUCAUUACCUUCCUUCAUCGAGAGGUACAGGAAGUUACUUUGGCUAUAACUCAACAGUAGAUUUUCUCAAAUCUUCCCAAAUGAAACAAAUCAUCAGAGGCCACCAAUGCACAGAGGGAGGUAUCUGUAAGCAUUGGGACGGCCUCCUAUAUACUGUUUUCUCUUCUUCAAAUUAUAACAGGAAUUCUGAAAACUUCGCAGGUCUUUUGCAAAUUGACGAAAAUUCGCAAGUAAGAGCUUACAUUAUGACUAAAAUACAAAGAAAAGUUCCAGCACAAAAUAAAUUAGCAAGAUCUCUCAUUAACAAACAAGCGCUUAACAAACCUUUACGUAGAUCAUCACUAUUUACAUUUGGACAGCCAGUAUUGCCUCCUAUACGAUCUAAUAAGUCGUUUGGCUCCAGUCUUAUUCUUCGUAAUACUCCUGAAUAA